GAACGACGCGUCGGGCCGGGCCCGCGGCCGCAGGACUGCCUGUGAACUGCAGCCCAGAAAGAAGAGGAAAUCAUUGAGAUUUAAAUUGAACAUUUACCUCAAAGAUUAAGAAAACAGCCAUGCCCGUGCUUUCGGAAGACUCAGGGUUACAUGAAACCUUGGCUCUCUUGACCUCUCAGCUAAGACCUGACUCGAAUCAUAAAGAGGAAAUGGGAUUCCUUCGGGAUGUCUUCAGUGAAAAGAGUCUCAGUUACCUAAUGAAGAUUCAUGAAAAACUCCGUCAUUAUGAAAGACAGAGUCCAACUCCUGUUUUACACAGUGCAGCAGGAUUAGUUGAAGACGUAAUAGAAGAAUUGCAGACAGCACCAGURAAUAACGAAGAAAAAGAGCUACUUCAGCUGCUGUCAACACCACAUCUCAGGGCAAUGCUUGUUGUGCAUGAUACUGUAGCACAGAAGAACUUUGAUCCAGUCCUUCCACCUUUGCCCAGUAACUUUGAUGAUGAUUUUGAUGAAGAAUCAGUGAAAAUUGUUCGGCUAGUGAAAAAUAAAGAACCUUUGGGAGCUACCAUCAGAAGAGAUGAGCAUACAGGGGCUGUGAUUGUAGCAAGGAUCAUGAGAGGUGGUGCAGCUGAUCGCAGUGGUCUUGUCCAUGUUGGAGAUGAACUGAGAGAAGUCAAUGGUAUUGCUGUGCUUCACAAACGACCUGAAGAAAUUAGUCAGAUUUUGGCUCAGUCUCAAGGAUCAAUAAUAUUAAAAAUAAUACCAGCUAUCAAAGAAGAAGACCGUCUAAAGGAUAGCAAGGUUUUUAUGAGGGCACUCUUCUGCUAUAAUCCCAACGAAGACAGAGCUAUUCCCUGCCAAGAGGCUGGGCUGCCAUUUAAGAAGCGACACAUCCUGGAAGUUGUCAGCCAAGAUGAUCCCACGUGGUGGCAAGCAAAGCGUGUUGGAGAUACCAACCUCCGGGCAGGCUUGAUCCCCUCAAAGCAAUUCCAAGAAAGACGACUGAGUUACAGAAGAACUGUAGGCACUCUGCAGAAUCCCAAAACUGUGAAGAAGCCACUCUAUGAUCAGUCUUCUGACAAAGAGGACUGUGACUGUGAAGGAUAUUUCAAUGGACACUACAUAGCUGGCUUGCGCAGGAGCUUUAGACUAAGUCGUAAAGAGAAGGAGAGCAAUGAAAAUGAUGCAAAGCAAGCAGAGCAGGCAGAUACAGCAGAAUUACUCACUUACGAAGAAGUCACUAAAUAUCAACAGCAGCCUGGUGAACAGCAGAGACUGAUUGUUCUGAUUGGUUGUUUGGGGGCCAGAUUAAACGAGCUCAAGCAGAAGGUUGUGUCAGAGAACCCUCAGGAGUACGGUGUUGCAGUUCCACAUACAACCAGAUCAAAGAAAAGUCAUGAAAAAGAGGGAGUAGAAUACAAUUUUGUGUCUAAGCAAUCGUUUGAGACAGAUGUACAGCAAAACAAAUUUGUGGAACAUGGAGAAUACAAAGAAAAUCUGUACGGCACAAGUCUUGAGGCAAUUCGGUCCGUGAUGGCCAAAAAGAAGRUUUGUUUGGUGGAUGUGGUACCUGAAGCAUUGAAGCACCUGAGGACCCCUGAGUUUAAGCCUUAUGUUAUCUUUGUGAAGCCUCUCAUUCCCGAGAAGAAAAAGCCUGCUCUGAAAUCUCCUGUGUCAGAAGAACUCUCACCCUGCCUUCAGAGUGAAGAACAGCAGGAAAUUAUAAAUUCAGCAGCAUUCAUUGAAGAGCAGUAUGGCCAUUUAAUUGACACUGUACUGGUGAAAGAAGAUCUCCAGAGUGCAUGCAAUCAGCUGAAAACUGUGAUAGAGAAACUAAACAAGGAUUCGUUUUGGGUGCCAGUCAGCUGGGUUAGGUCAUAGCUGGUUUAUUAUCUGCCUUAAGGAAGGAUUGUGUAACUGUGUAUUGUAAACGUGAAUUAUGAMAGGGAAACAUGUCGAGUCCACUUCUAAGCUGCCAUUCUAACUAGAAAAGAGUCUAUAAAAAACAUUAAAAGAACUAAGCAAAGCAAGUCAGAAGCAAGCACUGCCUUCCCGAAUCAGAAUUUUUAGUGGGAGCUACUGUUGAGAACUGAAAACACUCAAGGCUAAAUAGAUUAGUAAAAGAUUGGAGCAGGGUAAAUGCUACAUUCUGUAAGGUAAAAUUUCACAGAAGGUCUCACACUUUCAAAGCAUUUAAGUAGUGUUUGACAUUAAUAAGCUGAAAUUCUCAGCCUUUAGCCRAAAAUUGCAUGGCUAGAAUUAACGCAUCCCAAACUUAGGUACUUUUCAGGCACGAAUCUGUCUACAGAGGCUACUUAAACUAGGUGGGAGUGAUACCAUUUGGAGAGUGCUUAAGACACCACUUAAGCUGCUUAGAAAUUCARGUGGCUGACAGACAUGUCAGGAAGACAUGAUUCCCUUCAAUCAUUAGUUGUAAAUCCUUUCCCAUUAGUAGAUGAGCUCUGUAAGUUAUAUAUAUUUUAGCAGCUGAAAGUGUGGUUUGUUUUAAUGCCCGUCCCUUUUACCAUUACAUUAAAUGCCCAUUUCCUGGGGCUUCUGGCUGUCUUGUACAGAUAGUCUGCUCAGCUUAUAUCCACUUUCSCAGUCUCUUCCUGCUGACACAGGCCAAACUGGAGACAUUCUUUUAUCUACGUGAAAAUUAUAUGAUUUGAGCUAGGCCUUCAAGAAGCUUUUUACCUGCAAGGCUCAUUUAGAAAAUAUACCUGAUGGACACCAAUAUAUCASCUCUGAAGAAGGCACUAAAAUGAGGAGGCUGACAGCAGCAGCACCAAGUCUUCAUCCUUCCUGCAGUUACAAGUGUGGUGAACGGUUCCAGAGUGUGUAGUGGUUCACAUCGAGUCCUGAAGAGGAGAUCUUAACAGUAAGAGGAGUUUGCAGCUCUUUCAGGAAACUUGAAUAUACAGGAUUUUUAGGUGGKUAUAAGAAAGUGAAGAGAUAGGGUUGUGAAAACACCCAUGUUUUCAAAUUCAUUAUUUGAUAAUUUAUGAGUAUUGUACAGGUGUACGUUAGAUAAAACUAGUUGCUGUUUUCCUUUGCCUACAGAGCUGUAAUCUUUUAUAUGUACUGUGUCCUUGAAUAAUAUCCUCUAAUGCACCAAACUCAUUCUUUACAUCUUAAUAGUAUAAUUCUUGUUCUAGCACAUUGACGAAAACUAAAAACACUGCAUAUUAAAAAGCAUAUUUCUCUAUAUGCCAAUGUUGGUGACUCUACAUAAAAUCUUAGCCCCCAGAGCCAUGUAGGACAGUCAUAUUUGUUCCACCAAACAGCUUUACCCUGACUAGUGGUGUCAAGGUUCCAAUUAACGCAAGAAGAGCACUUGACAUAAGCAAAUAGAGCUGCUCUGUCUUUUCAGAGCAGCCACACUGCAGGACUGUUGGACUCUCAGCAAGUGUGUGAGGACUUCUUCAAAUUCUGGUUGUCCAUGAGCUCUGCUGUCACAUAUAUCCUGUCCUGGCCCAGCA